GUAUAUAACAUUAAUAAUUGGACAGCUUUCGCUAAUUAAUUACUCUGUACAACAUUACCUAUCGAACAAGCGCGCCAAUCAGUUACUCUUUUUUUCUUCCCGGACUUCAUUUCCAUGAUAUAAAAAAUUUCAAUGGAAGUCGAGAAUUUAAUUUGACAGGAGACAAAUGUCGGAAUUUGCUUUUAAGUUUUUAAUUUUAGGGUUUAUUGUAACCCUAUUUACAACGCCACGCUGUGACGGAGAAUCCUCUACGUGUUUGACGGUGUAUAAAGAAGGCGGUGCUCCGGCUGUUUUCCAAUCCCUAAAAUGCCCUCGCUGGAAUCUUCCAAACUACGGUUCUCGAUCACGCACUACCACGGGUACUGCUUUCGGCGGUAGCACCCGGUGCCAAUCGGCAAUGGUUCAGGGUCGAAGAAAGUCUCAGGAGGACCGAACAUUAUGCGCUCUCGAUAUUCGCAUUCCUUUUCCUGAUAAAACAGGGCUUAAGGAAGUUAUGGUUGGGCUUAUGGCAGUUUUUGAUGGUCAUAAUGGUGCCGAGGCUAGUGAGAUGGCUUCAAAGUUGUUGCUGGAGUAUUUUGCUUUGCAUACUUAUUUUCUUUUAGAUGCAACAUUUUCUUUUGUCUUGAAGAAAUCUACGGGAAGAUUGCCUAUUAAGGGAGAAAAGGAUACUGUUUUUCAGGUGUUAAAUUGGAAUGGAGAAGUUCAGCACGGAUUGAACUUUGAUAGGUCUAAGUUCUAUUUGCCUGAAAAUUUUGAUGAUUCCUUUCAUUUGGAGAUUUUGAAGGAGGCAUUAUUGCGGGCAAUCCAUGAUAUUGAUGCUACAUUUUCUAAGGAAGCAUCUCGAAAAAAUCUUGGUUCGGGUUCUACAGCUACCAUUGUACUGAUAGCAGAUGGCCAAAUUUUAGUUGCCAAUAUUGGGGAUUCAAAGGCUUUUUUGUGCUCUGAAAAAUUUCAGUCUCCUGCAGAGGCGAAAGCUGCUUUAUUAAGGCUAUACAGAGAACAAAGACGUAACGGGGCUGUUUCAUCUAUAAGAUCUCGUGACAACAUAAAAUUAAUUACAUCCAAUGGGCUGGCACAUUUUAUUGUUGAGGAAUUGACUAGAGAUCAUCAUCCAGAUAGGGAUGAUGAAAAGUUUCGUGUGGAAUCUGCUGGUGGAUAUGUUUAUGAGUGGGGUGGUGUGCCUCGAGUAAAUGGUCAGUUGGCUGUUUCCCGAGCUAUUGGGGAUGUGCAAUUUAAAAGUUAUGGUGUUAUAUCUGCACCUGAAGUGACAGAUUGGCAACCUCUCACCACAAAUAAUACAUAUCUUGUGGUUGCAUCUGAUGGCAUGUUUGAAAAGCUGAGCCUACAAGAUGUCUGUGAUAUACUUUGGGAUGUACAUGGUCAUGGUACCGAGAGAUCAGAACUUUCUUCUACCUGUACGGAGUCAUUAGCUGAAUGCUUAGUAAACACUGCCUUUGAAAGAGGCAGUGUGGACAAUGUGGCAUCUGUUGUUGUUCCAUUAGGAUCUGCUGGAUUUUCACAGGAACUGCCAAGGGAGAGGUGUCUUGGAGAGGGAGAUAAGCAUUGCUCAUUGGGACUAAAAAGGUUUCUUCAUGGACAUUCAGCUAAUGACAUCACUUCUGAUCUCGUACAGUUACAGCAUGAACAUCCACUUCUUGCAAAGUUUGAUAGGUUAUUGGUUGAAGGAAAACGUGGCAAUUUUGGUUGUUAUUAUUUGUCGGAGCACUUAAAUGAUAUGGAUACUGUGAGAGCUCUAAAUAAUGACAGAGAAAAUAAUUUGUACAACCUACCUCAGGCUCUACCAGAGGUCUUCAGUCAUCAGUAUGGGGGGCCAUUAAAUCUGUAUAGUGACCUGAAUUUUUGCUUACAUUCCGCGAUGACUGUUGGAGUUAAAGAUCAAUGCACUACUCCUGAGGGCUUUGCUAGUUUCCUUGGUUUGCUUGAAUCUAUUCCAUUUCAGGAUGCUGGUUCAAAUUAUAGAUCAACUGAUCAUGCAAUGCCUGACUUAAGGUAUGUGCUAAAGAAAAGGUUUGGUCGUGGAUCAUAUGGUGAAGUAUGGCUUGCUUUUUAUUGGAAUUGUCAUCAAGGUGGCAGUGCUUCAAGUUGGACUGGAGAAAAUGAAAAUCUGUCAUUUAAUGGUUGUUCAAAUGCAAAUAGAAGUGAUUCAGCUUAUGGUACUACUCAUGAUCACAACGCUGGUUCUUCUGAUGAUGACUUGUUUAUUUUAAAACGUAUCAUGGUGGAGAGAGGAGCUGCCGUUUAUUUAAGUGGUUUAAGGGAGAAGUAUUUUGGUGAAGUUUUUCUAAAUGCCUCCAGGUGUCUUGGAGGUUUACUAUCAGAUGGAGUCACCACUUCUUUAUUAGAAGGAUGGCUAUCAGAUUUUGAUGACCCAUUAGAAAUGGAUGAUUCACUGUUUGGAAAUAUGUUUUCCAACGAGUUUAGAAUGCAAGGAACAUUUGAAGAAGGUUUGAACCAUAUAGCAAGAUAUGUAGAGUCUUUUGAGUCGAGAUCUAAUGAAAUCUGGCUUGUAUUUCGUCAUGAAGGAGUGUCCUUAUCAAAGCUGAUAUAUGCUGUGGAAGAGAUAGAACAUAAUGCUAAUGAAGAAAAGGUUGAGGAAACGAAGCUUGUUCAGGUGUUGCACACCUCAAAGUGGUGGCAUUGGUUGAGAACAACAAAAGCAGGAAAAGAGGAAAUGCGCAACCUUAUAUGGCAAUUGUUGAUGGCUCUCAAGUCCUGUCAUGACCGGAACAUCACCCACAGGGACAUCAAACCUGAGAACAUGGUGAUAUGCUUUGAAGAUCAGGACACUGGUAAAUGCUUAAAAGGAGGUCCUAGUGGUGACAAGAAUUAUACCACCAAAAUGCGCAUCAUUGACUUUGGUAGUGCAAUGGACGAGUUCACUCUGAAACACUUAUAUGGAUCAGCAGGACCUUCUAGGGCUGAACAAACAUAUGAAUAUGCUCCUCCAGAAGCGUUUCUUAAUGCUAGUUGGUAUCAAGGGCCAACAGCGUUGAAUUUAAAGUAUGAUAUGUGGAGUGUUGGUGUUGUGAUCUUAGAGUUGAUUUUGGGAUCGCCAAAUGUUUUUCAAAUCAGUGCUUUAACACGAGCACUUCUAGAUCCUCAUAUUGAGGGUUGGAAUGAAGACCUCAAGGAGCUUGCAUGCAAACUUAGGUCAUUCAUGGAGUUGUGCAUCUUAAUCCCUGGAAGUUCCUCAAAACAUCAUCAAGCAAUGGGCCAAAUUCAGGGUAGAGCAUCACCUGCUGCCUGGAAAUGCUCUGAAGAUUUCUUUUCACAACAAAUUAAGAGCAGAGAUCCUUUGAGAUUGGGGUUUCCAAAUGUAUGGGCUUUGCGGUUAGUGCGCCAGCUACUGCUCUGGAAUCCAGAGGAUCGGUUGAGUGUUGAUGAUGCUUUGCAGCAUCCUUAUUUCCAACCCCCACCUGAAUGAUGAAAUGUUACACGUCCUGCCGUUUAACAUGCCUGGAGAUCGUUGUUUCAUAGAGGCCAGGGGUGAAUUGCUGAUGCAUUCUAGAAAUGGUUUUUUUUUUUUUGGAGAAAAAGAAUGCAGCAGGUUGUAAUUUUGCCUGAUGUCUCACGAUAGGCUCGCUUUUUCAGCACUCCACAUAUUUGGGGAACAGCAAGGAAAAAAAAAAAGAGAGUGCAAAGAGGCAUCAUUUUGGCUAACCUGGGGCCAUUUGAUUUAAAUGUUCCCUUUGAAAAGGAAAAAUUAAAAUUCAUUGGAAGAAAGAAAAGGUGGCUUGCCUACCUGAUUCGGUGAUCAGGUUGGUAGAAUUUAGUUACUGGUUGUUGAAAUCUAGUGUUCAUUUGUUGUUGGAAUUUGGUUAUUGGUUGCUAAUGACCGACAAAUGCUGGUGGUAGCAACUAAUAGUUGAUGAAGUAAUAUAAUAUUAUUAAUGAUUACGUUCUUCUUUUA